CAGACACAGGCUCCAGGCUGUGAAGAGAGCACCAAGCACCUGCUCUGGCUGCCGGCUGCUGCUGCAGGUUUGCACAGCCCUGAGGCCUGGGAGGCCCACCAAGGCAAGUGGACCUCUGGGGAUGGGAAUGCCAGCAGAGCUGAGUCACCAUGGACGCGAGCGAGUUCCGGAGGAGAGGGAAGGAGAUGGUGGAUUACGUGGCUGACUACCUGGAAGGCAUUGAGGGCCGCCAGGUCUACCCUGACGUGGAGCCCGGCUACCUGCGGCCCCUGGUGCCCACCUGCGCCCCCGAGGAGCCAGACACAUUUGAGGACAUCAUCAGUGACAUCGAGAAGAUCAUCAUGCCAGGGGUGACGCACUGGCACAGCCCCUUCUUCUUCGCCUACUUCCCCACGGCCAGCUCCUACCCGGCCAUGCUGGCCGACAUGCUGUGCGGGGCCAUCGGCUGCAUCGGCUUCUCUUGGGCUGCGAGCCCGGCAUGCACGGAGCUCGAGACAGUGAUGAUGGACUGGCUGGGGAAGAUGCUGGAGCUGCCGGAGGCGUUCUUGGCCGGGAGAGCCGGAGAAGGGGGAGGAGUGAUCCAGGGAAGUGCCAGUGAAGCCACCUUGGUGGCCCUGCUGGCUGCUCGCACCAAGGUGAUCCGGCGGCUGCAGGCGGCCUCCCCCGAGCUGACGCCGGCCUCCAUCAUGGACAAGCUGGUGGCCUAUUCCUCUGAUCAGGCACACUCCUCCGUGGAAAGAGCCGGCCUGAUUGGCGCAGUGAGGUUAAGGGCGAUCCCCUCGGAUGGCAGCUUCGCCAUGCGGGCUUCUGCCCUGCGGGAGGCCCUGGACAGAGACAAGGCUGCGGGUCUAAUUCCCUUCUUCGUGGUUGCUACGCUGGGGACCACCUCCUGCUGCUCCUUCGACAACCUCCUCGAAGUGGGUCCUAUCUGCGCCCAGGAGGACCUGUGGCUGCACAUCGAUGCCGCCUACGCCGGCAGCGCCUUCAUCUGCCCUGAGUUCCGGCACCUUCUGAACGGAGUGGAGUUUGCAGAUUCGUUUAACUUUAACCCCCACAAGUGGCUGCUGGUGAACUUCGACUGCUCCGCCAUGUGGGUGAAAAAGAGGACAGACUUAACAGGUGCCUUUAAGUUGGAUCCUGUUUACCUGAAGCACAGCCACCAGGACUCAGGGCUCAUCACUGACUAUAGGCAUUGGCAGAUUCCGCUGGGCCGCAGGUUCCGCUCCCUGAAGAUGUGGUUUGUGUUCCGGCUCUACGGUGUCAGGGGGCUGCAGGCCUACAUCCGCAAGCAUGUCCAGCUGGCUCACGAGUUUGAGUCCUUGGUGCUCCAGGAUCCCCGCUUUGAAAUAUGCACGAAAGUCACGCUGGGACUCGUCUGUUUUCGGCUAAAGGGCUCCAACCAGGUGAACGAAGCGCUCCUCCAAAGGAUUAACGACGCCAAGAAGAUCCACCUGGUGCCCUGCCACCUCCGAGACAAGUUCGUGCUGCGUCUCGCCAUCUGCUCGCGCACCACGGAGUCUGCGCAUGUGCGGCUGGCCUGGGCGCACAUCCGGGAACUGGCGGGCGCCGUGCUGGAAGCUGAGCCGGCUGCGGAGACCAAAGGUUGAAGUGUGUCUGAAAACCAGAAUGAGAAGAAAAAAAUAAACAUAAUCCCGACUGCAUGAACCAGAUCCUGUGUGUGGG